CUAUUCUCGAAUUUAAAUGAUAUUUGUCUGCUGCAACUCGACGCCCCGCUGAUUUUCAACGAACAUGUCUCACCAAUUCCGCUCCCUUCGAGAUUCGAUGAGCCGUCAACUGACACACCGUACCUCAUUAUGGGAUGGGGUACACUUCAAUACGAAAGCGAUGAAACGCCGGAUGAGUUGCAGUGGGGAAUCGUGGAAUACGUGGAUUUGAAGACAUGCAGAGAAAACUAUGUGACUGUGCCGUUUCAAGUCACUGACGAUAUGAUUUGUGCUGGCAGAACUGACGAAAGAAUUGAUACAUGCGAAGGUGACUCCGGUGGGCCGCUGGUAGACAGUGAGACGGGCAAACUCGUUGGAAUUGUUUCUUGGGGGCAUAAAUGUGCUGAACCUGAGUUUCCCGGAGUUUACACGAAUGUU